GUUUGACCUCUGAACCGUUUGCAUCAGCCACAGGGCCAUGUGUUCCUUGCGCCACCACCGUUUUGGUGGUUGAUUAGGUUAUCGACCAUCGAGCAUCAACUGUGUGCCAAGGACAUUUUUUCGAAAAAGAUCGUAACGGAAGUGACGAGAAGUGAGAAAAAAGGGAGAGACAUUUUGUAGACACGUGGUGAAACAGGAAGUGAAACGUGUUUGCGCGUUUCCGGUGUCCCCCCCUCCCCCUACCUCUCCCCAAGGAAGUGAUGGCCAUGUUCUGUUUGCUGCUGGCAGCCGUGGCGUUCGUGUUGGCUAGUGGGCCACGCGUCUGCCGCUGUGAUCGCCCGGAGUCGAUUGGCCGCAAUACUAUCGACUGGUAUCGGCACUACGAGGAUGGCAGCAAUUUAAUUCCGGUGACAAAGUUAGCUACGCUCGCGGCUCAAUCACCUCGGUACCUGGCGGCGCUACAGCACGCUUCCACCAAUCCCCUCGAGAUGGUGGUUCUGGAAUCGCUGGUCAAUCGCUACCGGAAGUAUAUGGUGGACAAAUUUGCUCGCUUCGAUGACGUAUGUGCUUCUUACGCGCAGCCAGACGAGGAUAUGCCGGGCAAUGAAGGCGAUGGUGGUGGUGCUUCCGUGGCCUCCGAUCAGAGCUCGCCACCGUCUGUCUCAGGAUCGGACGAAACGGUGGCCGCCGGUGGGAAGAGUUACACCGGCCAACACCUGGAUGAGUCAGAGGGCCGAACGAUGAAGCUUCCCAUGAUGGACACGCCGGAUGGGGAUUUGUGCGGCAAAAGCGCAAAACACUUUUACCGCUGCCUGCAGGAGCGGAUCGAUGAUCCGCAGUUGGUUGCCAUCGUAAACGCCUACUUGGAGGGCAACUGCUACGGUGGAGAGAUCGCAACGCAACGGGAUACGAUGCCGAAACGCGAUUGGCCGCCAAAGUACGUGUCGAAGCAAAAGUUCCACUCGUGGGGCGGCAAACGGAACGGCGCGCAGGUGUUCUACCCGUGGGGCGGAAAGCGCACGGGGACGGCACGAGCCCACAAACAACCGAAGGUGGUCAUCCGAAAUCCGUUCCACUCGUGGGGUGGCAAAAGGAGCGAUCUCGCCGGGGUAUGAGCUGCCACAGGUGCUGCUCCCUCUCUAAUCUGUCCGCUUUGGUCGUGCGCUAGUUCCGCGGUAUAAUUAUUCCCACUCACGUAAAGGAGUAGCGAUUGGUAAUAAAAUCUUCUUCCCUUCAGAGCAGCCGGGGUAUCUCAAUAAACGUUACGUUUCGAGCCACAUCACACAUCCGGGUGUUCUUGUUUUA